AUGACGUUAGGCGGUGAGACGACCGGUGCGACGCUAAAAAGUCUUGAGUCGCGCAGCACGUCACUGGAAUCGGAUCUGACGAACACACGCACGACACGCCAUGGAGAUUGUUCCUUACCUUGCACGCAUAAUGCCAUGACAUUCUCUUCAGACGCCAAUCGUCAUGCCCUACUUGAUGCAGCAGAUCGCAUCAAAUUCCAUGUGGCUGUGUAA